AGCUUUCACUGUCUUGAUCCAAUAAGUCUUUCCCGGGACAGAAGAAUAAUAACUGCCUGCACUGUCUUCUAGAAACAGUUGAAUAUGUGAUGAGAGACUGUAUGUGAGAGCGUUAUUUGGAUCAAAAAAUGUAGUGCAUUAAAUAGAUUUUGCAUGUUGUGAACAUCAGUUUUUUUAAAAUGAAACAUUUACAUUCAGAGAGCUUGACUGUUGAGGGGACAUCUGUUUUUGAGCAAUACUGAUAUUUUAGAGAACAAAAUGAAAUUAAGAGUUAUGCAAUUUUGUUGUAUUUUUACCUUGUUUGUUUCAACCACUUAUUUGAGAACAGAUUUCUGCAUUACUGUUCUGAUUUACUAAUCUAACUGUUGGAUUUUAUUCUGCAGAUUUGGAUAUGGCUGCUAAUUAUCAGCUCCCUCUGGCAGUCUGCUGACCAUCCAUGUUGUAAUCAAGGGAAAUUUCUGAAUUUUCAGAACUUGGUUGAAAACAAAAUAACUAUUUGGUUGACUAAUAAUGAUAUUAACUACUGGCUGACUAGACAGGAAGAUGAAUUGUCUUUUUGUCUAUUUUUCCUUGCAUUACUUACCAGGAUUUUUGUUUUGCAAAGAUGCCAGAAUUUUCACCUUUCUAAAUAUUACAGGAGCGGUAUAAUUAAUAACAAACAUUUUAGAUUCUGGUUUUUAACGUAGCAUGAGCAGUUCUGCACAAAUACUUAAAAAUAUUUCCAGGGAAAAUUAUGUGUAAGCAAAGUACAUUGAACUUCAUAGAUAAAUGAGGGGAAAAAAAAAAAAAAAAAAGCCUCAGUUACCCAUAUUGUUCUUCUGCUAAUGUUCAAUCUCUUUCAUAUGUCUCUGGUCAUAGAUACUCUUUUUAAGUGUAAUGAAGAGAUUAGUUGCACAGCCGAGAAAUAAAAAAGCUUUCAUAUUUUUCUGAAGUUCAUAAUACUCUAAAUGUAUUAUGAUGGUUGCAAACUUUAUCGUCCUUGUCUUUAAUGUUAACUUUUUAGUUUGGUGAAUUUCAAGAACAGAAACUUUUUACUUCUAUAUCUAGGAAAGAUUAAAAGUGACUUAGAGGGACACAAAAGUCACUGUCUAUCUGAAAUAGUUAACUUCUAAUUGCAUUUGUACACGCAACAGUCUUCAGGCAUGAACCCUUGUGUUAGAUUAUUAAUACCUGAUAAUACUGCUGUAUUAUAAUCUCUUUAUUACAAUAUUGGCAGCCUUUUUCCAUUAUUCCUCAAGUUCCUUUUUUCUCCGUAUCCCAUAUUUUCUUGGUAAAAGCUCUUAAGUUUCAUUGAUGUGAAAAACUGCUGUAAGAAGUAGCAGUGUGUGGGCAAUGCUUUGUAUGGCCGUGCCUGAACAUACUACCUAUAGCUGUAAGAAUAAAGCCUUCUCCCUGGGACUUUUAUUUUAGAAGGUGUGAUUUGAUUAAUUAUACUUUUCUAGUCACAAAGAUAAGCUAGCUGUGUCUUCCUGAAUUGUGCUGUAUUACCUGAAGGAUUUUCCAUUAUAGUGCUUGUAGAUCUCUUCUGCAAACUGAUAUAUGUGUUGUAUCAGAUUUAUGAAAAGAGUGGAAAAAAAGUCCCAGAAAACUGUGACAUUUGGGAUUAUUAAAAAAACCCCACAUUAUUAAGUCUAUUAUUUACUAAAAAUAUGUUAAGAUGGGGGUACAAUCAAUGUUUGCCAAUAUUAUUUAGUGUAGAUGAAAACUCAGUUACAUGCUUUCAUAACAUGGGCCUAGAGCACUCUAUGUUCUUAAUAAUCAUGUUCUUGGUGAAGCUUAAUACUUCAGAGAAAUAGAAAAUUCCUUGAUAAAAAAAGUAUAUCAAAGUGUAAGGGAAAAGAGAAACUGCAAAGACAUAUUGUUAUUCAAGAUUUAUUAAGACAUAUUGUUUAUUAAGCCUUUCUCUGUCUUUUUCUUUUUCCAUAAUCUUAAGUAGCAAUGGGCCAAGGACUUGGCAAAACUGCCUGGCCCAAACCUGCUGGGGGAUAUCAGACUAUUACAAGUGGAAGAUGUGGAAGAAGACAUUCCUAUGUUGGGUUUAGACCAUUUUUGAAUAAUCAAGACAGAGAUGGACAUCAGUGGAAUGACAACUGCAAACAAUUAGAAUUGGAAGAUGUUCAGAAAGAGAAUUCUUUAUCUUUCUCUGAAGAUUCCAGUCCACUGGUCCAAGUUUCUGCUGAUUUAUUAGAUGAGCCUUUGUCAAAGGAUGCUAGAGAACCUGUUUGCCAAAGUGCAUCAAGCCAAACUUCUGAAGUGACCACAUCACCGUUUUCUGUAUUCUGUUAUGGCCUAGAAGACAGCCAAAUCUCACGAGACUUGAUGAAUCCUUAUGAAAAUCCCGAGGACCUUGCAGAAUACACAUCUGGAAGGCAUAAUGAUUUGAAUGGUAAAAAUGGAAUUGGUUUUGUAAACAUUGACUCCUAUGAGCCAGAUAGCAGUGAUGGAGAGGAAGAGGAUGCUCUAGACAAAUAUUCUUGGAUAAGAGAAGCAGCAGGUCUAAUUCAGGGAAGACUAGAUAACAUACUUUCUCAGUGUGAAAAAGAGGUUGAGUCUCUUAAUGACAUACAGUCCCGACUGUCUGCUUUCAACCACAGUGUUUAUAGAGAAAGUUGUGAAGAACCAGGACCAAUUCCUUUGGCAUGUCCAAACAAUAGGACACUUAAAUCUGCUGAAGAUGAAGCUAUACCAAAAAUUAGCAUGAGUGGUGACAGUUACGAAACACAACAGGCAACACAUAUAGUGGAUGUUGGAAUUGGAACCCCCAUACCAGUUGCUGAUGUAUUAAAUAUCAGUGAUGGAGAGACUGACCAAGAAAAUUCUUCUGAGCUAGUUGUGAGACCUAAAAUUAGAAAACAAAAUAUUGCAAAAGAACUGGAAAGAGAAAAUCAUCUCCCUAGUGAUAAUGAAGAGGAAAGUGAUUCCUGGAGAAGUGGAAUUGCUGAUGUCCAGCAAUGCCAUCCUGAGUGUCCCUUGAGAGAUGGCAAAGAUGAGAUUAGUUCUGGUGUGUUCUUUCUCUCAAGAAUGCACAGUCAUCAAAAGGACAUGGAAAUAGACUUAAGAAGAAAUGCAGUAGCUCGACAGCAAAACAGUGUUCUAAGUGACAGUGCUUUUUGGAAUGAAUUGGAAGACCGCAACACACGUUACUUAAUGUCCCACGAAGAUGAAGACAGCUCAGAGUGCAGUGACGGAGAAUGGUCUACAUCUGUGCCUUCCUAUUUUACUGCUGUGGAAAAAGAGCAGUCCUCAAGUGAUGAAAGCUGGGAGACUGUGUCGUGCAGGGAGGAGCAUGACCCUGGUGUGCAGAGGAGCAGCGGUGGUGUGAAAGAGGAGAGCAUAGACUUCUGCUUCCAAGAAGGGGAGCAGACAUUCUUGGAGGAAGGUGAAAUUCCUUGGUUACAGUAUCGAGAAGAAGUAGAAAGUAGCAGUGAUGAGGAAAACGAUACACUUAGCGAUUUUGUGCACCUUGGAUUCUUCUUGUUGGAUGGGAAUAAUAACCUUGAGGAUGACUCCAGCGUGAGUGAAGACCUGGAUGUGGAAUGGAGACUACUUGAUGAGUUUGGUGAUGGCCUAGGACUUGCUCAAGCCAUUCCUUACAUGGAACCUCAAUUUCUCACAUUUAUGGCACUAGAGGGACGCUUAGAAGCUGUGGAGACUGCUCUGGCACAGUUGGAGUCUCUUACAUUUGAUGUUGAGCAGACUCAUCCACCAGCUACGAAAGAAACCAUAGAUUGUCUGCCACAGAUUGUUGUCACAGGUGACUACAAUGGUCAAGAGCAGUGUUGUACUAUCUGUUGCUGUGAUUUUGUGGAAGGUGAAAUCAUAACAGAGCUACCCUGUCAUCAUUUGUUUCACAAACCUUGUGUAACUCUUUGGUUACAGAGAUCGGGAACAUGCCCUGUUUGUCGUCAUGUGCUUGCACCUGUUCUUCCUGAAGCAGCUGAUGACACUGUAUUUUUUAUUUGAUUGAUGUAUCAGCAUCUUCUGUUAACAUUGCUACAGGACCCUCAGACUAGGGUCAGAAAUAAAAAUCUGCCA